AGUUCGACCAUCACUUAAAACUAAAGGUACAUGUUGCAGCAACAAAAUGAACAGGGGAAUAACACAUUUAACAGGCCUGAAUUUGCUCUUUCAGUUCGUAACCUGUUCAAGACUGGUGUGUUACUUCCCAAACUGGUCUCAGUACAGAGCAGGAACUGCUAGAUACCUUCCCGAGAAUGUGGACCCGAACUUGUGUACUCAUUUGAUCUAUGCAUUUGCUAUUAUAAACUAUGCAAAUAACAUAGCUGCAAGUGAGGGGAAUGAUGUGCCCCUUUAUUCGACCUUCAAUGCACUUAAGAACAAAAAUCCUCAGUUGAAAACCUUGUUGUCUGUCAGAGACCAAGAUUCAAGACAAUUCUCCAAUAUGUUGUCCAACUGGACAAACCGUCAGACAUUCAUCAAGUCUUCUAUAGAAUUUCUGAGGAAGUAUAACUUUGAUGGGCUGGAUUUGGACUGGGAACACAAGGGCACUCCAGAGACGCGUCCGGAAGAUAAGUUGAAAUUCACUCUUCUGUGCAAGGAACUUCUGGAGGCAUUUCUAGCAGAAGGCCAGUCACACAAAGAUGCGAGACUGAUUCUAACAGCAACUGUUUCAGCGCAGAAAGAAGUCAUUGAAAGGAGCUACAAUGUUCAAGAGAUCUCAAAGUAUUUGGACUUUAUUAAUGUCAAGACGUUUGACUUUCAUACGUUUAAAGAUGGCAUUGUGAGACAUCACAGUCCUUUGUACAGUGCUGUCCAUGACGAGGAAAAUAUUAACUCAAACACCGAUUUUGCCCUACAAUACUGGAGAUUUCAGGGAGCUCCAGCCAAGAAGUUGUUGAUGGGGUUUGCCACAUAUGGACGUUCCUUCAUCCUCACCUCCUCUCAGAAUGGAGUUGGAGCUCCGACCAAUAACUUUGCUUCUCCUGGACCUUAUACACAAGAGAUGGGCUUCUGGUCUUACUUUGAAAUAUGUCUUUUCCUGAAUGGUGGCGUAGUACAGUGGAUUGAAGACCAGAAAGUUCCUUUUUCUGUUAAAGGCAGUGACUGGGUGGGAUUUGACAAUCUGAGGAGCUUUGAGAUUAAGAUAAAAUACUUACAGGAACAUAGCUUUGGAGGUGCGUUUGUAUGGGCUCUCGACCUGGAUGACUUUUCUGGAAAUUUCUGUGGACAAGGCAAUUAUCCUUUAGUUAACAACCUGAAGAAAUGGUUAAUACUUGGAGCUUCCAUGGCUACAAGCACCAGCACUCCCAACAACACUGUUGCAACAGUUGGGAAGGGCUCUUCACCGCCAACAUGUGUGAAAACUCUCAGCUCUCUUACAGCACUGGGAAGUCAGUUCUGUACAGAUAGAUCAGAUGGACUUUAUCACAGAAUGAAUUCUCUUAACUCAUUUUAUAGCUGUACUGGAGGAAUGACAAAUAUCACGUGGUGCACCCCUGCCGUUUUAAAUCAUUCUGGAGCAACACGACCAUCACAGAUUAUCAUUUUCAUUACAUUAGGAAUGACAAGUCUCCUAACUCUCUGGCAUUGCCUUAGGGGUAACUUGCUGAUUUAAUGUAAAAACAUGGAUGGAAAGACGACUCGGCACAAGUUUUAAAAUCUCUAUUAGCAUGCAGGAUACAGUUACAGCCUGCUAUACAUGUUUUUUUAAGUCAGCAUGAAAUGGAAGUUGCGAUAGUAGUUUAUUCCCUAUUGUGAUGUGUAUCGGCGAUAUUGAAUUGUCCAUCUGGAAUUGUUGGAUGGUUUUGCUGUUUGCUAUUGCUGUGAUCUCAUGUGAGUGACAGGUUGCCUGCUUUCACAAUAUCAUCAAAGACAAGAAGAGAUGCUGCAAGAGGGGAAGUAGAGGAUUAUAGAUUAAGAGAGCACAGGGCACAUUCUUUUUUUUAAUAUAUAGACUGUGUACAGAUUUAUAAUAAAUACUGCAAUAUUUCAAAAUAAGAACAGUCAAUUUUGAUUUCAUGGUAACUUUCUGCUUUAAAAUGAGACUGAUUUACUGAUUUUAUUAUAGGCUACAAUUUGUUGUUGGUAUCAUUAAAAUGAUGUAUUACUAAGUGAGCAACAUUGUAACAAUAAAAAUCCCACAGUAUAGUGACUAUUCUAGCUAACCUGACUGCAGUAGCAAGUCAAGAUUGCCAUGAAGCCACAACACACACAACCUAAUGGGCUCCAACAGAUGAAGACCCUACCGGGUACCACUCAUCUCCACUACAAAUAGAAAAAAGAAGCUACAAUUUGCAAGUCCACACUAAAAUUGAACACUUGAAAACUAGAGAAAUGUUGCCUGGUCUGAUGAAUUUCUGUUGAGACGUUCAGAUGGUAGAGUCAGAAUUUGGUGUUUAAACAGAAUGAGAACAUGGAUUAAUUCAGUGGAUAUUGGAAUUAAUUUUACUCUUCAUUUAUUGUCUGCUGUUAAGAAAUAAAAUUAGACUUAAUCAUCUGA